CUCUGGCACAUACUAAUGGUUAAUAGUGCUGUAUUUUUUAAUACACAAAAGAAGAGAAUAGUGGCAUCGCCCCGUGUGCCCACCUCGAGAGCCGAGCGAGAGCGGCCGGGCCAGGGGGCUGGGGCCGAGAGGCCUCCGGGUUCCGGGGUUGCGCGGGCCAGGGUGGCCGAGGGCGCUCCCUCGCAACAGCCUAAGCCCGACGCCGCUCCCCAGCCAGAUCCUGGCCUCAGGCAUCGCAGAGUCCGCGGCCCUCGCCGACGACCCCGUUUAGACCCACAGGACUUGGCAUCCUCGAAUGCGCCCCACUCCCAGGUCCUCCCUGCACCCUGGACCAGCGGACAUGGCUUGAGCGUCCGCUUCUACCACCGAGAGGAGGGCCUAGAGCGGACAGGCCCGCCCUGCCGCUCCUCCCUGUCGCCUCUAUCCCGGAAGUUGAUGCCGAGCGCAGAUCGCGUGCAGCUUGUUAGCGGUGUCGGCUGGGAGGUCUGGAAGGGCUGGGCUUGCGAGAGGAUCAACAUGCCUCUGGCUAGAGAUUUAUUACAUCCGUCCUUGGAAGAGGAAAAGAAAAAACAUAAAAAGAAACGCCUAGUGCAAAGUCCAAAUUCUUACUUUAUGGAUGUAAAAUGUCCAGGUUGCUACAAGAUCACCACGGUUUUCAGCCAUGCUCAGACAGUGGUUCUUUGUGUAGGUUGUUCAACAGUGUUGUGCCAGCCUACAGGAGGAAAGGCCAGACUCACAGAAGGGUGUUCAUUUAGAAGAAAGCAACACUAAUGAUCCAAACAGCUUCCUGAAUUUGUGUUAUCUCACAGAAAGCCUUAUCAUAAGUUCCAUAAUUCUAAUUAAUCUACCAAGAUAAUGUAAUUAUAUUUGGUUUUGUAAGGUAUACAACAGUGAACUACUAUUUUGGUGUCAGUUUUUCAAUAAAGUUUUGAUUAUGGGCAAA